AUGGAGGAAGAUGGAUUGUUAGAAGUGGAUUUAGAAAUCAAGGAAACCAAGGACCAAGAUGAAGAAGUAGUACGGCCACCUGUCAAGGAGAAGGAAAAAGUUCUGAAACCAGUCAUCAAACUCCCUUAUCGUCCAAGACUGAAGAAGAAAGAUCAACAUGAAACAAAUUUUGAGAGUGCCAUUCUUCAAGGUAUGAAAAUCCCAGUGAAAAAGAAAGAUAGGGGAUCGAUUACUAUUCCAUGCACUAUUGGUGAUAGAAAAUUCAAGAAGGCUCUAAUUGACUUAGGAGCAAGGGUAGGCUUGAUGCCACUAUCCAUCUACAAGAAAUUAGGCAUUGGCACCGUUCAAGAUACUCGGAUGACACUUCAGUUUAUUGACCACUCUGUUAGGCGACCCUAUGGGAUUGUGGAAGACAUUCUUGUAAAAAUUGACAAGUUUGCUUUCCCAAUUGACUUCGUCAUUCUGGAAAUGCCCGAAGAUGAGGAGAUUCCUCUCAUAUUGGGCAGACCAUUCUUGGAGACAAGACGAUGUAUGAUAGACAUAGAGGGAGGAACAAUGACCCUCAAAGUCUAUGAUGAAAAGUUAAAGAUAGAUGUGCGGAACACGAUGCAAUACAAAGAUGAUAUUUACACAAGCCAUAUUGUAGAGAUAAUAGAUCAGAUUGCAGUAUCUGUUUUACUCAGAUUGAGGAGGGAUAAAAGAGGGUGUUAUUAA